AUGUAUGAAUUUAAUGUUUUGUACCAUCCUACAUGUACAAUUUUAGGAAUUGAUGCCUUUGCCAAUUUAACGCGUAAGGAGGGCAUAAAAGUCACUCUGAUUUGUGAUAAAGGUGCCAAUGUCAAUAGUUAUACCAUUAAGUCAAGGGAUUCCAUUCUUACUGAGAGUUUUAGCUGUGAAUUGUCUGCACUUGACUACUUAAGUGGCUGGUCUAAAAACUUCCAACCGCAAGAAAACAUCGAAAUUUGGGCUGAAAUUCUAACUAAUUGUUCCAAAGAUGAGACACUGAUGGCUGCGCUAGAUAAAUAUUUGUCCCUCAAAACAUUUUUAUCCGGCCAUUCAAUGUCUUGUAUUGAUAUUGCCAUGUUUUCAAUUCUAAAGCCUGAUCCGCCAUAUCCAAAUGUUACUAGAUGGCACAGAUUCAUAGCUCAUCUCAUCGGUCCAACGAUCAGCACUAAUGAUAAAUUUGGAAAUCAGGGUAAUGUAAGAAAGGCUCAAGUUGAUAAUUCUUAUCGAGGUAAACUGAAAAAUGCUGUUGAAGGACAAGUUGUUACCAGAUUCCCGCCCGAACCCUCAGGUUAUUUGCAUAUUGGACAUGCAAAAGCGGCAUUAUUAAAUCAUUACUAUGCACAAGAAUAUGGCGGAAAGUUUAUUUUGAGAUUCGAUGAUACAAAUCCAGUGAAGGAGAGCACGGAGUUUCAAGAGUCAAUAACAAAGGAUUUGGAAUUGUUAGGCGUUAAACCAAAUUUCAUCACUUAUUCCUCUGAUUAUUUUGAAAAAUUACAAGGAUAUGCCAUACAACUAAUCAAAUCAGGAUUUGCCUAUUGUGACGAUACAAGCGUGGAUGCUAUGCGAAAUCAGCGUAACGAAGGAACAGAAUCUGUUAGAAGAAAUGAAUCGGUGGAAACUAAUUUAAAACAUUUCAAAGAAAUGCUAGAUGGCACUACUGCGGGGGAAACAUUCUGUCUGCGAGCUAAGAUUGACAUGAAGUCAAAAAAUAAAUGCAUGAGAGAUCCCGUAUUGUACAGAUGUGUCAUUAAAGUUCCACAUCAUAGAUUUGGUACCAAAUAUAAGGCUUAUCCCACUUAUGACUUUGCUUGUCCAGUAAUUGACAGUAUUGAAGGGGUCACACAUGCCCUAAGGACUAAUGAAUACAGCGAUAGGAUAGCACAAUAUAACUGGGUUAUUGAAGCUCUCAAACUAAGGCCUGUUGAGAUAUAUGAGUUUAGCCGACUUAACUUUGUAAGAACUGUGCUAUCAAAGAGUAAGUUGAAUUGGUUCGUGACGAAUAAAUUGGUGGAUGGAUGGGAGGAUCCAAGAAUGCCCACGAUUAGGGGUAUUUUGAAGAGGGGAUUGACUGUGCAAGCUCUAUUGGAAUUUGUGCUAGACCAAGGGCCUAGCAAGGCUGGCAAUUGCAUGGAAUGGGACAAACUUUGGGCCAAAAAUAAACAAAUCCUAGAUCGAAUUGUCCCAAGGUAUAGCGCCGUAGAGUUGCCUGCUGUGAAAGUUGAAUUUAAUACGAGUAAAUUCUGUGAAAAAAUGCGCGCAUUGCAUCAAAAGAAUCCAAAAUUGGGCGAAUGCAAGCAAUACCUAACACCGACAAUUUUACUUGACAAAUCAGACAUUUCCAAUGAUCCAGAAGAGGUUACUUUGAUGCGAUGGGGAAAUGCUUUCUUAUUGUCCAACGACAACAAAAAAAACACAAAUAAUGACAUCAUUUUAAGCGAAAUCGAGGGUAGAUUGAAUCUUGACGGAGACUUUAAAGCUACUAAGAAGAAGCUACAUUGGGUGCCAUAUCUCCCAGAUAAGCUUUGCAAACUUAUCUUACGUGAAUAUGGAUAUUUACUCAAAGUUAACAAACUGUCUGAAGAGGCAGCAAAUUCAAUUGAUGUGUUCAAAAAUGAAAUAGAAACUGUGUCUAUGUGGGAAAAGGAAGCAUUGGGUGAACCGGAAAUGGCAUGCCUAAAAAUAGGCGACAAAAUACAAUUGGAAAGGAAAGGCUACUACACUGUAUUAGACAAGUUAGGCGAUAAGAUUAUUCUGUCAAAGAUACCUGAUGGUAAGCAGGCUAAGUGA